AGCGGUCCAUGUGCCAGCAUCGCGCCCGGGCUACGGAGCUUGCGCACAACCACGCUCCCGUUCUAACGGUGACGUCAUGAAGAAUCUCCUGGGGCGGCUGCACGAGAGAAGAUAAUCGAAUCUCCUAUAUGAAUAACUAUCUAGCAAAUUAUUACACAGCCCGGCCGUCUGACACUCACCGAGGUCGUGCUUGCGAUAAAAAGGAGUUUGACAUGGUGUCGCUGCCAGUGCAUCUUUGCAUUCGGGUCAGACGCGAAAGAAAACGGAAAGGACAACUUUAAAACCGGGGUGUUAGCCAAAAUGCUCAGUCGUCUAGCUGGAUGCCAUGAAGAAUCAUCCGCUGUUGUACGCAUGAAAUAAGCAGCUAGGCUGCUAGCCAGGCAUCGCAGUCUGAAUUAGCUAACGGAAAUGUGGUCGGUUUGCAUAAGGAAAUGCCAUGAUGAUUAGGGCCUUGGAUAUGAAAAACUAGCUAGCUAGCUACAUGUGAUGGGCUAUAGCUACUGUGUAUAUUCAUAUUUUAAGUAGUUCGCUACUAUCAUUUGCUGGCCACAUCUGCCGGUAUUUGCAAGGCGGCUCGAGUAUAAGUAGGAUUUAGCGUAACGUUAGCCAGCUAACAGCAAGAUAUCCGUACUGUGAGAUUUUUUAUCGACGACCACUGGGUCGUUUUGUAUGCAAACAGGAAAUUAACCAUUCCAGAUUAGAGAACGGGAGCUCUUUGUCAUGGGAGCCGUUUGGAUGCGAACGGACAACGUGCGGGGGAAAUUGAGAAAAUGAAAGCUUGAUUCGCCGUUAUUCCAGUCGCACUACGAGGGCCGGCUCUUUUUUCUCACCGUUUCCCGGCUGUCGCCGCUCACACCAUGGGCGCAGCCGCCCCUGCUUAGCGCCGGGCCAGGAGACACGGUGUGCGCGUCCAGCUUGCCCGGGACCUCCGCGCCUCGGAUGGUAAUGCGAGGCUUGGAAGAGACGCGAUUUGAACCCGGCGUCGGCCUCUGUGCGUGAUAUUGACGGCUCUGCCCAGACUGCAUAUUCAGGCGCGGAGACUUCGGUCAGAGACAGAAUGGCUCGGAUUUUUGAGGAAGCCCGCAAACUGGGCUGGAUCCUGCUGAAGGCCCUGCUACGCUUCGCCUUCAUGUUCAUAAAUAACUGUGUGGCCAUACCUUCAUACUGCCUGUAUCUGCUGCUCCUGCAGCCCCUCAGGCUAAUGGACGCCCGCGCUUUCUGGCACAUCGAGGGGGUCAUGUUUAAGUGGAUGCUGGCUAUGGUGUCCUCCUGGGGCUGGAUCGCAGGUUAUACAGUGAUGGAGUGGGGCGAUGAUGUGAAGCCCAUCUCAGAGGAAGAAGCCAUGGUCAUCGUAAACCACCAGGCCACCGGGGACGUGUGCACACUCAUGAUGUGCUUACAGGACAAGGGCACGGUGGUGAGGAAGAUGAUGUGGCUGAUGGACCACGUGUUUAAAUACACAAACUUCGGCCUGGUGUCCCUGAUACAUGGAGACUUCUUCAUCAGACAGGGUAAAGCUUUCCGGGACAAGCAGCUGAUCUUCCUGAAGGAGCACCUGGAGCAGCUGUACCUCAGCCGGGACAGGAAGUGGGUGGUGCUGUUCCCCGAGGGCGGCUUCCUGCGCAAGCGACGGGACACCAGCCAGGCCUUCGCCAGGAAGCACGACCUGCCGCACCUGCGUCACGUGACCCUGCCGCGGCUGGGCGCCACGCAGGUCAUCCUGCAGACCCUGGGCCCACAGCAGGAGAACGGGGCGCUGUCUGCCGGGGACGCCGGCCAAUCAGUGCGUAGGGCCCCAGGUCUGCAGUGGGUGGUGGACAUCACCAUCGCCUACCCCAACGCCCGGCCCAUGGACAUCCAGACCUGGAUCUUUGGGUACCGGCCCCCUUCAGUCACUCACGUGCACUACAGGAUCUACCCCAUUAAAGACGUUCCCGUGGAAACCGAACUCCUUACAGACUGGCUCUACCAGAGGUUCGUGGAGAAGGAGGACCUGCUGGCCCACUUCUACGAGACAGGUGCUUUCCCUCCACCUAAAGGUCAGAAGCACGCUGUUUCCAAGGAGAUGACCCUUGACCCUGUGUGGCUGUGUGUGAUUCAGUCUCUGGCCUUUGCAUCGGGCUACAUGUGGUACAGUGUCCUUCAGUAUUUCUACUGCUGCUUUUUCUGAGCGGGCAGCUCCGCCCCCGUCGCUCAGCUGUCCAAUCACCACCUGGGUGGCUCAGCUGUCCAAUCACCAUCCACCUGAGGUCUGAAUGUAAAUUAGCCAAGCCCAGGGAGUCGCCACCAAACGCAUUUCUGUGCGGAAACUGUUUCCCCCUGUGCGCACACGUGCACACACACACACAGACAGACACACACAUUCAUGUACACACAGACACACACACUCAUACUAACAUUCUUACAUGCAGUCACACAUACACACACAAACACACCCAUGUACACACACAGAGACGCUCUCUUCCUGUAAACUCAAGACAAAGGCUCAGGGUUAACCUGGAGAAGGAUGUGGAUAUUGAAGCCCCGCCCCCCUGUGGGUCGGUGUGAGAAGAGGCCCUGCCCAUGUCCCCGCCCCCUCUCUCUGCAGCUCCUGGGGCGGGGGCUUUCUGAACACCUGGACCACCAAGGCUCUUCACCUGGGUCGGACUUACCCCCCAACCCCCCACCCCUCCCUCCUCAAUUGCACUAUGGAUCCAAACUGCCCCCCCCCCUCCCCCGAAAACUCUUUAAACAUCUUUUAAAAACAGUCACUGCAAUAGCAUUUUAUUUUCCUUCUUAUGAAUUAUUGUUGUUGCACAUUUUUAUUUGAUUUUUUAAACAUUUCUUUUAGACCGUGCCCCUGCAGAAUGGCUCGGGCUCACGGUGUACCCUUGUUUACACUGGUCAUAGAUUUUAAGACGAACCUGGGGAGGGCGGUGAUGGGGGGGGGGAGGUGGUGGGAUGGACCCAGGAGAGGGGGAGGGAAGUUGACUCCCCACAUCCCCCCUCCCCAGACGCACUAAUGACGGAGCACUGAUGGUGUGUAGCCCCCCCCCCGCUGGAAUCUACUCUUCUGCCACACUGCUUCAAAAUCAUUUCAAAAAUCUAAAAAUAAAAUUUUUAAAAGAAGAGACUUUCCCACCCCCCAUCAGCCAAUAAAGACAUUGGCGUUCACUGAUUUUAACAACAAAAACAAAAAAAUUGAGGGAAAAAAAAUAAACAAGAACGAGAAAAGAGAAAAGAGAAGGCUCAGCACAGGGAAUGGCACACCGGACUGCUGCCUCCAACUGUAAGCCAUACACUUAAUGUCUGGAACUGGGGAGGACGACCAAAAAGAGAAAACAGACUUCAAAAAAUUAAACUACCAAAACGGCGUGUUUUUCCUCUUCCCUUUGCUUUCCUGCAUUCUAGAACCCAGAUUUGACAGACAGGACUUUGUAGGUGUUCUUACUGUAAAUUUAACAGCAUAACCUGCCUAUGUGAGUGUGUGAGAUUUUGUUUUCUUUUUGUUUUGUUUUCUGUUUUUUUAUUUCCCAGUGUAAUCAUUGCAGUUCGCUUUGUGAAGUUGGAAUUCUGAUAAAUGCACAGUUGGCUGUCAGAUUUUUAUUUUUUAAUUACUUGAAAUGUCGUCCCUGUGUCCUGAUAUGUUCAAUCUUGUACAAAGAGACAGGCAGGAAAUCCAUGUUUUUUGACUAGAACUGUCGUUUUAUGUCUAAUGCUUUUCUGUUUUAGUUUGAAAUAUCAUGAAUGUUUGAAAGGUGUAGACCUGUCAUAACUAAAAGUUUUUUUUAAAUUUUAUAUAUAUAUAAUUCUCCUCCAGCAGUCUUGAGUUUUGCCAACUGUAUCUUUCCUGACUUCGCUUCCACAAACAUGUACCAUGUACAAGAAUGACCGGUAGCAAAAAAUGAUCUCACAAGAAAUUUAAUGCGUGAUCCUGUAAUGUUUGUGCUUCGUGCUCUAUACGUUUACAUGGCUACAUUACCCAGUGACCCAAAAUAUCAGAGAACGUGUGUUAUAGCUGCGGAACGGUUAUCCUUUAUAACCAACCCAUUGCUUGUUCUGGUGAACAACUUAAUUGUUCGAACAGAAUGUGUGUGGACCUUUUUCUCCUCCAAAAAUUAAACUUGGAGGAGUCCGUUUUAAACCGUCAUGUACGGUUGUGAAUACCGCGUCACCCGGUACGCGAGCUGUCGUGUUCGGUGUAGGGCGCUUGACCCUAAAGAUGCCAAGCCGUUUGAAAGCAGUGUAUCAUGGGUCAGAUCACCGCAUCAAUGGCAGGUCAUGUCAAAAUUCCCAUAGUUUGGGAAACACGCAAGACUCUUAAAAUAAUGAAAGAGAUAAUGACCCUCGUUUGACUGAACACAUGGUUUUAGACAAAUUAGGAAUUUAAAACUAUAUCAGAGUAGUGGAUAAUCGUUUUGCUAUCUAGCUUGUCAUUUUAGAAGACGUUUUGUGGCUGGGUAUAAACAAAAGAUUCAGCAAAUCUCCUUGACAGUUGUACUACACGUCCUUUCAGAUUAGCUCAAAUGAAGGAAAAUGUUAAUUAUUUUACUUGGAAUUACUGAAAACAACGUAAACGCAUUCACCCGAUUUUAUUUUCCUAUUUUAACAGUAUUGAAUUGUGUCUUACGGCCACUGAAGUGAUACAAACACCUCUGUUUUCACCCGUCCGUAUCAUUUCGUUGACAGCGGUGUCAGGUCAGUGGAUUCCGUUUGAAAGGGAUUCGUCUCCGCGCGCGGGCCUCCUGUCCGUGCUGGCGUGCGCUGAUGUUUGGCAAGAUCUCGUGCUGCGCAUUUUGCGACUGUAUCAUCAAAAUCCAAACUGGGCAAAACGUGCAGGCGGGCGACCAACGGUCAGCAAGCUCCUUGUGAUCAGAUUGGAAAAGUUACUUUUUAAGUCCCCUUAUCUCGCAUCGCUGUAAGACCAAUAAAGGGGGUUCGCAGCUCGCUGAAUUGUUUACAUAUUUUCCCGGAAAUGGCAGUUGGCUGUGUCCACUAAUAACGAGAAACCGCGGGAGCGGUGCCGCAUGGGUUCUCGCGUUUCCUCCUGUCAUUCCUCGCGCAAUGUGAGCUGGUUUUGAAGUGAGCGAUCCGCCUCCAUCAGCCCAGAUUUACGCUGUCGGUUCUUAGCGCCUGGUUUGUAAUGUAAAUGAAGUUUGUUUUAAAUGGAGAGUUGAUGAAUAGCUGGUCUUGUUGAUGUGACGUUGCCACGAAGACCCCGCCCCCAGCCCUUUUCGACGAGCUCAGUCAUUUAGCCUCGCUCUACUCUGCUAAGCGAUAAUCAAUUCCGUUCGUUUGAAUUAUUCAGGAAAGCCCAUUUCCACACUAGCCUCCCUUGUGGGCUGAGGUAAAGUUGUUUGUUUAGUGUUUUCUAAGCUGUAGGAAUGAUUCUGGACUGUGUGUGAUUUUAGUUCGUUUGGGUGGGGCGGGGUUAUGUGAAGGGAGUGAUCUGGCCUGACUGAUGAAUCUUAUGUCCAAGCUACUAGGAGGCACCUUAGUGUUGGUGUUCAUGUGAUUCUGAUGGAACUGUCACUUGUUCAAGUCGUUUUUCCCCUGUCUAUUUUUGUGUCAAUCAAGGAAAUCUCCAGCUCCCCAGUGAGACCCAUGGUUUAAAUUGUCUAUAGGAUUCAGGCUGGCUGACUGACAACAGAAAACAAACCCUUUUGUGGGCCAGCUUCUAAAGACUGUGAACUGGACCCUUGACCAACGCCCCUAUGGAUGUGGAUGAGGUGCAGCGGUGGGACUGGGGGGGUACAGACGAACCCGUCAGUCCCAGCUGUGACACCCCCACUGUUCUGAGGAGGGUUUCGCCAGUCGGUCCCAUGGCUGUGCUCAGCUUGGAAAUCAACGGUUUUUUCAUCAUAGUCAUCGGAAAUAGCGUUAGUGUUUUUUUAAUUUUUAUUUUUUAUUUUUUAUUUUUCUUUAUUUAUGAAGAAUGAAAGGAGAUGUCUGAACUUUGGGAGCUGAGUCACAUUUUACUGGUUUAAAAAUAAACAAAAUAAGUUUCAA